AUGCCUUUAGUGAAGAGGAACAUCGAACCCCGGCACUUGUGCCGGGGAGCCCUGCCCGAGGGCAUCCCCAGUGAACUCGAGUGUGUGACCAACAGCACCCUGGCUGCCAUCAUACGCCAGCUGAGCAGUCUGAGCAAACAUGCUGAAGACAUAUUUGGUGAGUUGUUUAAGGAGGCCAGCAACUUCUACGUCCGAGCAAAUUCUCUUCAAGACAGAAUCGACCGCCUUGCUGUCAAGGUCACCCAGCUGGACUCAACAGUAGAGGAGGUGUCACUACAGGAUAUCAACAUGAAAAAAGCUUUCAAAAGUUCCACAGUCCAAGACCAGCAGGUGGUUUCAAAGAACAGCAUUCCUAAUCCUGUUGCUGACAUUUACAACCAGAGUGAUAAACCACCUCCUCUGAAUAUCCUUACACCAUACAGAGAUGAUAAAAAGGACGGGCUGAAGUUCUAUACUGAUCCUUCCUAUUUCUUUGACCUCUGGAAAGAAAAAAUGCUACAGGACACAGAAGACAAAAGGAAAGAGAAAAGACGUCAAAAGGAGCAAAAGCGUAUAGAUGGCACAACCCGGGAGGUGAAAAAGGUUAGAAAAGCCAGAAACAGGCGCCAGGAAUGGAAUAUGAUGGCGUAUGACAAAGAGCUUAGACCCGACACCAGGUUGUCGCAGAGCGUACACCACGGAGCAUCUUCCGAGGGAUCCCUGUCCCCAGACACUAGGUCCCACGCGUCGGACGUCACGGAUUACUCGUAUCCUGCCACCCCCAACCAUUCUCUGCACCCGCAGCCCGGGACGCCUUCCCACGGAGCGGGUGAUGCACCGCCACGCGGGCCGGCAGCCCAGGCCCCCGAGCACGAGUUCCGGCCCCCGUCGGCCUCAGCCAGGCACCUGGCCCUGAACCGGCCCCAGAAGCCGCCUCCGCCCCCGCCGCAGGCCACAGAGGCGUCGCAGGCCCCCGCGCCCCUGGCUCCCGCCGACUACGGGAUGCUCCCGGCACAGAUCAUGGAGUAUUACAACCCCUCAGGACCCCCGCCGCCGCCGCCCCCGCCCAUGAUCCCUUCCGCACAGACUGCCUUCGUCAGCCCCCUCCAGAUGCCCACGCAGGCCCCCUUCCCAGCGUCCGCCGGCCCCUCCUACGCGGGUCCUUCCCACCCUCCCUCCGGUGGGCUGGUGGUCACGGCCCCGCCCCCCCCGGGCCCCCCGCCGCCGCCGCCGGGCCCUCCGGGUGCCGGCUCUUCGCUCUCCCCCUCCCCGAUGCACGGCCUGCCGGGAGCCGAGGCAAAGAGGCCGGAGGCUGCGCAGCCGCCCGUGAGCGACGCCCGGAGCGACCUCCUCGCUGCCAUUCGGAUGGGAAUUCAGCUGAAGAAGGUGCAAGAACUGCAGGAGCAGGAAGCCAAGCGCGAGCCUCCUGUGGGCAACGACGUGGCCACCAUCCUGCCCCGCCGCAUCGCCGUCGAGUACAGCGACUCGGACGAUGACUCGGAGCUGGACGAGAACGACUGGUCCGACUGA